UAAAAGAUUUAUUUCCUUCCACCUACAUUUAUUUGCUAUUUAACUCUAAGCAAGUCAGUUAACUAGAUGAUGGUCCCGGCCCGGGUCACCAUGAAAAGGGAUACUUGCAUACAGUGGACUUGCAUGAUUAACAAAGGACAUUUCAGAAGAACUUGGAAUUAGAAAAUGAUCUGGGUUUUCCUAGUCCACCUGCUCCUUCUCCUACCGUUCUCAUCUCAGGGUGCCAAUCCUGGACUUGUAGGUAGAAUAACACAGAAGGGAAUUGAUUAUGCCCAUCAGCUUGGUAUUGAAGUCCUGAAGUCACAGAUACCCAAAAUACAAAUACCAGAUAUGAGCGGCAGGUACGACAUUGGUGGGAUUGGGGACGUGAAGUAUGAAGUGUCAAGAAUGCACAUUUUGGAGUUCCAGCUCCCACAGUCAGCAGUCACCUUUUUUCCUGGAACCGGAAUCAAGUUAUCAAUCAGUAACGCUUAUAUUAAAAUCAAUGGUGACUGGAGAGUGAAAGUCCUAUUUAUAUCUGACAGUGGCUCAUUUGACAUUUCCGUGUCUGGGUUAUCAAUCUCAGCAGUUAUCUGGGUGAAGAAGGAUGACACAGGACGCCCUGCCGUGGGGAGCGCUGGUUGUAGUUCCAGCAUCGGUGACCUUAGCAUCAAAUUCCAUGGUGGAACAAGCUGGCUCUAUAAUCUCUUCACUGGUGCUUUGGAAGGACCGAUUCGCAAUUCCCUGAAUGAAAAACUGUGUCCGGAGGUUAAUAACGCUAUCAACGGACUUGAACCACAUCUUCAAACAAUACCAAUUACUGCUCAAAUUGACAAGAUAGCUGAAAUUGAGUACUCACUGGUCAAUCCUCCGGAGAUAACAGAUAAAUAUACUGAUCUUGAUUUCAAGGGAGAGUUCUACAACAUCGGACAACAUACUGAGCCACCAUUCUCACCGCUUCCCAUUGUGCUGUCUGACCAGACAGACAGCAUGCUGUAUGUCGGGAUCUCAGAGUUUUUUGCCAAUUCAGCAGGAUUUGUGUACACUCGUGCUGGAGCACUUCAGAUAAACAUCACAGAUGAUAUGAUUCCAGAGGAAAGUCCAUUCAGACUAAACACACACAGCUUUGGAGUCCUAGUCCCUGAAAUCGAAAAGCUUUACCCCAAUAUGUCCAUGGUAAUGCACCUGUCUGCCAGCAAGCAACCUGUUCUCACAUCACAGCCAGACAACUUGACUGUUGUGGUAACAGGAGAGAUCAAGAUGUUGGUCAUCCUUCCAAAUGCAUCUCUAGCACCGCUCUUCAUACUGGGUUUGGAUGCCAGCGUGAGUGCCAAACUACUUGUGACAGGAGUGAGCAUCAGAGGAGAGCUUUCUCUUAAUAAAUUCAGUCUGUCUUUGGAUCACUCUGAUGUUGGCCCAUUUGAUGUUUCCAAACUUCAGACGCUGGUCAACCUUGCUCUGAAACUGGUUGUACUGCCACAAAUAAAUGAAAAACUGGCAAAAGGAUUUCCCCUUCCAACCAUCGACAAAAUCAAAUUUGUCAGUCCUUCAAUAAAGAUAAAUCAGGGAUUUAUCCUGAUUGCAACUGACAUCCAGUAUACACCCUGAACUGCUGUGAAAAAUUAGACUUCGUAAACUGAGGAGAGUCAAAUCCGUUUAAAAUAUUACAUAUACAGUGCAGUAGUUACAAUUUUAAACUAGAAGAAAGUUUUAGAAUGUCAAACUUUUACUUGGAUGGUCUCUAAUGUAACAAGAUACAGAAUUUAUGCAGAGGAAAGAAUAAACAUACCAGUUCAAAAUUAUGUAUAUACUUUGCACAUUUCCAAGCAAUACGUACAGCUUGAGUUUUACAUCCUAAUAAUGUUCAGGAGAAGCAAUAGAGCACCAUCUAGUCACAAUUUCUGCAAGCAUUUUUAUAAGAUAAUAUGACUAUUCACUACUAACAUACUGAUGAUUGUAUGCCUGUAGAUUUACUUAAUUGUCUGGAUGCAAAUUAUUCUGUCAUUAAUUGUAUAUCACCACAAUGCUAAUUUUUAAUACCGAUUUCUCUGUUACGCAUUUAGCAUUUUAUUUUGUUUGUUGUCUCCUAUUUUUUAUGUUGUUACAUUUUUUCAUGUCUUGCAUGUUUUGUUAAAAUUUUCAUGCCUUAAAUGUUUUUAUACUUCUAAACCUUUAAUCUGGGAAAUGACUGUAAGAGGUUUUAGGAUCAGUUCACUCAGUCAAUAAAUAAAACAUGCAAAUAAUUAAAUAGA